UUUGGUAAUAAAAAAUAGAAAGCACUCAAAAUUAUUUUAUUUUAUUUUAAAUAAAAGUACAUACCCGAGAGCAGAUUUACUUUAUAUUCCUUUUUAUACAUAGAUAUGUCUGUAAAUACUUGUGUACUUACCCAAAAAGUCACAUACACACGCAUUGCCAUCUAUCUGUGGAAGGGCGACAGACUGUUUUGUGUGCACAACACAAAAGAACAAAAGAAGUACAGAUAUUGGAUAUUGUGAGAGAAGGAGGAAGAGCUAGAGAGGGAAAGACAGACAGAAAUAUUGCACAAGAGGAUUAAUUAAAUUGAGUCGAAAUAGAUGCGAUUAAAUCGGAGCAUCUGAGCGCCGCGAAUAGCGUCGAGGGAUAUCUGAACAAUCCGGUGAAUGCGUUCCGAUUGAUAAAGCGCCUGCACAGCGACUGGGAGACCUUUGAGAGCACCGUGGAGCGGGAGCCGAGCCGCACAAGUUGGUAUCAGAUUCGGGCAUCAAUCAUGUGUCCCAGCAAAGAUGCUAUCAUUAUCUGACUAGCCCGCUUUCUAUUUGUCGUUGUUCCCCUGCUGCUCCUUCUCCUUUAACCGUGCGGACACUUACACAAUAGACUUCCUGGGAGCGAUGGCGGGCCACAGAGAGAACUUGAGCUUCCCCACACAGGAGGACUUUGUGGGCACGGCCCUGGCAAUGACGCGACUGCAGCAAACCUACCAACUGGACGUGGGCGAGCUAGCGAGUGGCAUGCUGAAUGGCAUCAAAUACGGUGCGGCGAUGUCGUGGCAGGAUUGCUUUGUGCUUGGCCAGCAUCUGUACUCAAUGCGGGACUUCAACAAUACGGUGCCCUGGAUGCAGCAAUCGAUGCAGCUGUUGGUAAAGCAGAGCUACAGCAAGGAUUCCGAAGCAUUGGAUUUCAUGGAAACGGUCAUGGGUUACCACGAGUCGAUGGGUGACUACGAGAAUGCACUACAUCUGAUCAAUCAUGUGCUGGCCGUGCAGCCGGAUCAGCGUCUGCAUCUGCUUGAGACACGCGCCCAUCUCGAGCAGCUUAUUUCGGACGGCGUCAAGCGCGGCCUAAUGCAUGAGGUGGCGCGCAGUCCGGAUGACUACCACAUCAGCCGCGAGUAUCGUGUCUAUCAACAGGUCUGUCGUGAGGAGUUGAGGCCAGCGCCUGCAGCGCAGCGGUACUUACGCUGCCGCCUCUUUGCCGGUAACGGGCGCAAGUCCAGCUAUGUGCCCUACAAAUUGGAGGAACUGCAUCUGGAUCCGUACAUCAUACAGGUGCACGACGUCAUCAGCGCUAGGGACACCGCUGAGCUGCAGCAUUUGGCUCGGCCGGAGCUACAGCGUUCACAGGUUUAUAGCCGCACCGGCCACGAGCACAUCUCAGCCAACUUUCGCACAAGCCAAGGCACCACCUUUGAGUAUACCGAACAUCCAAUCAUGCAAAAGAUGAGCCAUCACGUGGCUGAGAUAUCCGGCCUGGAUAUGCGCUCUGCGGAACAGCUGCAAAUUGCCAACUACGGCAUUGGCGGUCACUAUGAGCCGCACAUGGACAGCUUUCCCGAUUCCUAUGACUACAGCUUGAACAUGUACAAAACCAACCGCCUGGCCACGGGCAUCUACUAUUUAUCUAAUGUAGAAGCGGGCGGUGGUACCGCCUUUCCCUUUCUGCCACUCCUUGUCACACCUGAACGGGGUAGCCUGCUCUUCUGGUACAAUCUACAUCGCUCCGGCGAUCCAGACUAUCGCACCAAGCAUGCUGCCUGCCCGGUGCUGCAGGGCAGCAAAUGGAUUGCCAAUGUUUGGAUACGUUUGAGCAAUCAAGAUCAAGUAAGACCCUGUGAACUGCAACGUGAUCACGAGAUCUCCUUACCCUACAUGGACUUCAAGUAACAAUUAUUAAUUUAAAAUUUAAUUUAGUUUGUUUGCCAUUUUUUAUAAGUACCAAUCAGAUUAUUGACUUGACACACAUCAAACUUAAUAACUACA